GGCGCGCUCCCGUGGGCCUCACCGUGUUCCUGCUCCUCUAGGCGCGCUCCCGAGGACCCAGGCGCGUCCUCCGUGGACUUGGCCUUCGGUUUCGUGAUUCAACAGCCGGCUGACACCCGGGCUUCCCGGGGCCCCCUUCUCCACGGAGACCAGGCAUCUGCACUGCUCUUGUGAAGCCCAGCAUGUGUGGAGGCCUGAUAGAGAAGUAUGUGGCGGCCAUGUUGCUGAGUGCAGCUGGAGAUGCCCUGGGGUACUUCAACGGGAAAUGGGAAUUCCUUCGGAGCGGGGAGAAGAUUCACCAGCAGCUGGCCCAGAUGGGUGGCCUGGAAGCCAUAGAUGUGGAACUGUGGAGAGUCAGUGAUGACACAGUAAUGCACCUGGCCACAGCUGAAGCCCUCCUGGAGGCUGGAAAAGCCCCCAGCUUCGAUCAACUGUAUUCUCUCCUAGCCAAGCAUUACCAGGACUGCAUGGGAGACAUGGAUGGCCGAGCACCAGGUGGCGCCUCCAUGAGUAAUGCGAUGCAGCUGGAGCCCCAUAAAGCCAAUGGCUGGAGGAUUCCCUUCAACAAGCGAGAAGGUGGCUGUGGGGCUGCCAUGCGGGCUAUGUGCAUCGGCCUCAGGUUCCCCCACCGCAGCCAACUGGAUACACUGAUCCGAGUGAGCAUUGAGAGUGGGCGGAUGACCCACCACCACCCAACAGGGUACCUGGGAGCCCUGGCGUCGGCCCUUUUUACAGCCUAUGCAGUGAAUGGCAAACCACCCUGGCAGUGGGGGAAAGGACUGAUGGAGGUGUUACCAGAAGCUCAAAAAUACAUUGUUCAGUCAGGCUACUUUGUGGAGGAGAAUCUUCAACACUGGUCCUAUUUUCAAGAUCAAUGGGAAAAAUACCUGAACCUUAGAGGCAUUUUGGAUGGCAAGUCAGCCCCUACCUCUCACCAGCCCUUCACUGUGAAAGAGAGAGACCAGUUCUACACCUCCCUGAGCUACUCUGGCUGGGGUGGCAGCAGCGGACACGAUGCUCCCAUGAUUGCCUAUGAUGCCAUCCUUGCUGCUGGGGACUCAUGGAAAGAGCUUGCCCACCGGGCCUUUUUCCACGGUGGAGACAGUGAUUCUACUGCCGCCAUUGCUGGCUGCUGGUGGGGAGUUAUGUAUGGUUUUCAAGGAGUGAGUCCCUCCAACUAUGAGAAACUAGAGUAUAGAGACCGUCUGGAAGAGACAGCGAGGGCUUUACAUUCUCUGGUGUCAAAAGAGGACACUGCCAUGGGCCUCUAGGAAGAUGUGAGGUUCACUUCUGUUGGUGUUUUCUUCUGUGUGGUCCCUUUUCUGCUAAGUGCCUUUUCCUUGUAUCCACAGUCAAUGGUCUUAACCUGUGCUCUUCAGCUCAAGGCCAGCGCUCUACCACUUGAGCCACAGCACCACUUC